CGCAGCGAGCCCGUCCCCAGACCUCACUCGUGGCACUCCACCAAACUAGGCGAGGGCCAGCCAGACCCCAGCAUGGUGCAGAUAUCCCAGGGCACCAUAGACCCUCCCUGGCAUCACACAUACAACUCCAGUGCGUCCACUACAGACCUGUCGGGUUACGACCCAGGUUACCUGAGGAAGAGUCCAGACCAGUACAGUUCUAGAGGAAGUAUGGAGAGCCUUGGGGAGCACCACAGCCACCCCGCCUACAGUUCUUCCUGCCACCAGCUGUCUGCCUCCAAGUCUUCCAACAGUAUGGACCACCUUCACAGCAAGAGAGACUCAGCCUACUCCUCCUUCUCUACCAGCUCCAGUAUCCCAGAGUACCUAGCGGCCGCUCCGACCUUUAGUAAGGAGAGGUCAUACUCCAUGGAGACAGUUCCACAGAGGGGUGGGGUUAGCGGAGGAGGGGGAGGGGCCGUGUCGGAGGGCAUGCAGCAUGCUGACAUCCGAUACGUCCGUACGGUCUACGACCCCCAGCAGGGAGGUGCCCAAGAGCACGAGGUCAGCUCCGCUGCGUUGCUACGCAACCACGAGGCCGGCAGGGUGGGUUCUCGUAGUGGGGGCAAGGCCUCCUGUCACCGCGGCAGCAGUAGCUGUAGUAACAGCAGUGGCGGAAGCAACGGCGGUAAUAACCAUGGUAAUAACCCCAAACGACACAGCGUUGGGCCGAUCUGGGGCCAGUCUCAGUCCGCCGGCUGCAGUUCCUAUGAAAGCCUGAAGGGGGCGCCGCCUCCUCCCAUGCGGAGUGACAGCUACGCGGCGAUCAGGCACCACGAAAGGCCCAAUUCCUGGUCCAGCCUGGAGCAGACUCGCUCCCUUAGGGCUCUCCACAAGGGGUCCACCUCCUCCUGGCACCACUCCUCUGGGUCCGUGGCCUCCGGCUCGGGGAAGGGCUCCUACGGGGCCGAGGGCCAGCUCCACACCGUCAUAGAGAAGAGUCCUGAGAGCAGCCCCACCAUCAAGCCCAAACAGGGCGUGGGUCAGGUCCCCCAGCCCCCUCAGCCCCAGAAUACAUCUGGCCGCCUCAUGUCGCCCCAGGGCAUCUACCCCGUGCCCCCUCCGGAGACCCACUAUGCACAGAUGCCCACCAGCAACCCCAGCAGUGUGUACCCAGGCCUGGCCAGGGAGAGCAGUCUGAGCAGACAGAGAGAUCUCCAGGCGUUAGGGCUGGGGAUCAGUGUGKAYMCAGGCCUGGCCAGGGAGAGCAGUCUGAGCAGACAGAGAGAUCUCCAGGCGUUAGGGCUGGGGAUCAGUGUGGAUACAGGCCUGGCCAGGGAGAGCAGUCUGAGCAGACAGAGAGAGCUCCAGGCGUUAGGGCUGGGGAUCAGUGUGGAUACAGGGAUUGAGGUAUCUGUAGAGAACGGAUACCAAAGCAACACUUUCAACUCCUAUGUCACCUGUUCCAACCAGCCUCAGCAUCAUGACUUAGCUCAGCCUCCAACCAUACAGCCAGCCCAGCCUGUUAACAGAGGGGGUGACAGAGGACAUGAGGAGACCCAAACCAAACUGGGUCUCUACACGUCUUAUUUGAAGGGGGAGGGACAGACCGUCUCCCGAAGGCAGAGCCAGCAGGGUCAUGGACAGGGUCAGGUGUACAGACCCUCCUCAGCCCAGUCCAUAGGUCAGGAGAGGAGAGACCCGUACACUCCAGUCCAGCCGCAGAGAGAGAGGGUACCCAGGUAUUCCCAGGGCUCAGAGAGUUACACUGAGAAGCAUCAACAGGGACAGGUCAGACACACUGAACACAGCCAUCCAGACCCUCAGCCUCCUACUACCAUGCCCACUAAGAUAUCCAAGGGCCACGUUCCUCAGGGGAUCAGGAUUAGCAGUACCCCAGCCCAGGGGCCUGAUCAUCGGGUCAACAACCAGAGGUCCAGGUCCCCCCUCCGGCACUACAGCGACCCCAGUCCACCCCACCACCAGAAGAACCAGAGGGGACCAGAGCACCCCCUGACCCGGCUAGAGAAUGCCCUAGCGGAGGUCCAGCGCUGUGCCAGUCCAGAGAGCUCCGCUAGGAGUCAGAGCAGCCACCAGAGGAGCCCGUCUGUCCUGGAGAAGGUAAACCGGUUCGAGCGCCAAGAGCAGAGGAAGCAGAGGAGUCAUAGCAUCAAUGCCAGCCACACCAACCUGGGACCCUCCUCCUCCUCCUCCUCCUCCCGUCCAACUCAGCCUCAGCACAAGCACCAUGAGAGGGCCAUGAGCUAUGGUGCUGGUAUGGAUGACCUGCGUAACAUGCUGGAGAGAAGCAACAGCCCCAGCAGCCCCUGCAGAACACAGAGCUCCUCCUCUAGCUCACAUCAUGGGAAAAGUACGGUGGCCCACAAGGGUCAUCAUUACGCAGAGCGGCAGAGGCCAGGGAGUUGUGACCAGGCCAAGCCCCAGAGCUCCAGGGACCCCCACCACCAGCCUAACCCCCUGGACCCUCACCCUGGCUCGGCCCUACAGAGGAGUAUGAGCACCUUCCAACUGGGUAGCCAGGAGGGCCAGGAGGAGAACGGCCAUGACAGGGACAGAGAGUUCCAUUGGAGGGAUGACCUGCAGGACCUACUGGGGACCAUCCAGGACACAUCCUUUAACCGGGCCUACAGGGACAGUAUCAAGGACGCCCAGUCCAAGGUGCUCCGAUCCACCUCCUUUAGACGCAGGGACCUGGGAAUCAGCUCCAGCUCUAACCAGAGCUCCAACAACCCACCUCCUGGUGUCAACAACAACCCACUUCCUGGUGUCAACAACAACGCCCCUCCUGGUGUCAACAACAACGCCCCUCCCGUCCCCGCUAAGCACUUAUCCUUGGAGAGGAAGGCAAUGGCCCCCAAGACCGGUCCCAAACCCUCCAUUGUCACCACCAUUGUACCAGCCUCCGCCCCAGCCACUUCUCUGUCCCCUCACACCCCCAAAGAGAGGCACACGAUCACCACCCCAGACCCAGUCCCAGCCCCAACCACCUCUCCCUCCCCUCACACCCCCAAAGAGAGGCACACGAUCACCACCCCAGACCCAGUCCCAGCCCCAACCACCUCUCCCUCCCCUCACACCCCCAGAGAGAGGCACCUUGUUACCCCCAAUCCCGAGAUGUUCAACCCCCCAGAGCUCCCCAGUGUCCCAGCCUUGGGCCCACCAGUCCCGGCCCGAAUCGGUGGGCGUAAGAGGCUCACCAUGGAGCAGAAGAAGAGAUCGUACUCCGAGCCAGAGAACAUGCACGAGGUGGGGUUAGAGUCUGACCCGAGGAGGAGUGCCCAGCACCAGCAGAUCCUGUUCCCAGGCACAGAGACCAGCGUGGCAGACCGCAGGAGGAUGUUUGAGGUGGCAACCAGUCGCAGCCUGAGCUCCAGCUCUCAGGAUCCCCAGGCCCUCCAGGGCUCCCAGGCUGGUCUAGCCGUCUCCCGGCCGGAGCUCUGGCAACUGCAGCAGGAUGCCCUGGCUGACUACAUGGAGAGGAAGAGAGGCUGGAGGACAGACAGGGACAGGUCCGAGGGGAGACGGCAUCGUCACCGGCCUCACAGUGCUUACCUCCAGCCCUUCACAGACACCCAGAGUGUCUCUUCCACCUCCACCACCAGCCUAGCCUCUCUCCAGGAGCUGUUUGGCCCAGACAGCAGCCUCUCUGGUGAGGAGAGGCUCUGCUCCACCCUGCCUCCCGGUCUGCAGCUCCAGGGCAGUGUCUACCCAGGCAGGGUGACUGCACCACACAUCCAUGCCCAGGUCCCCACCUCAGUCUCCACCUCCCACCAAUACCCCACUGGAUUUGGAUCCAACAGGCCUCUGGAGGGAGUGCCAGCACCAGCACCAGUACCAGCACCAGCACCAGCCAAGGCCUACGAGGCUUUCCGGAGCCAGCGAGGCGAUGGGUCCUUUGAAAGAGCGACUCCAGCCCGGAGCUCUGGGAAGUCGGCCUCAGCGGAGGAUCUUCUAGAGCACUCGGAGGAGAGGCCUGCACCACAGCACUUCAGAUCCCGCUCCUCGCCCUCUGUAGAGAGGCUCAACCAGUCCAGGUCCAUGGACAAGCAGCGUUCAAAGCGUCCCGUCUCAGCCUCCCAGUCCCAGUAUGUGGCCACCCACUACCUGCUGAAUCAGGGUCCUUCCCAAAGCAACACCCCUGUGAUGAGGAGAGAGAGGCAGAGGAACCCCGAUCGUCAGCGGGCCCUUAGUACAUCCGGCCUGGCUGCCUCUGUAGGUCUACCCUGCCCCUUCUCCUCCCCAGGCACCAGCCCCAGCACUAGCCUUGACUGGCAGGUCAGUGAGAGGUUAGGCCAGGGAAACCUGGAUGCCAUCGCCUUCCCCUGCCUGUCGCAGGUUGAGGCUCCCAGAGCCAUGUCCCCAGAGACCAGGCAGAGCCCCACAGCACAUCAGAACCAGAACCAGAAUCUGCAGACCAGGACCAGACUGGCCUCAUCAGACACCAGCACUUCAGAGGAGACCCUGAAAGACUUCCCCAUAGAGAGUCCGGCUACCGUACCAAAGACCAUCCUACCUAAGACCUCUCCAACCCCACCUCCUCCUAAAACCUCUUCCAGACCACACCCCCUGCUCUCCCUCCGCAUCUCAGAGUCCAACCUGCAGGAGACCCCGCCCUUACACAUAGCCCCGCCCACACAGGUAGUCCCUCCAAUAGUCUCCUUACAGGACUAUGACGAGGUGUUCCUCCAGGAGCUGGCCCCUCCCUCCCCUCCUCCUCCCCCGCUCCCCAUCAGGGAGACGGACAUCACAGAGGACUUCCCUCCUCCUCCUCCCCUUCUCCUCCUCCCCUCCUGCUCACCCCCAGACAGAGAGGAGCAUCAUCCUGAGCUACAGCACUUCAACAGCUGUGAGUUCGUGGAGGCUGUGUGUCCAGAGAGAAGACCAUCUAUCUCCUCCCCUUCCCCUCAGACAGUCCCCCCCUCUAUCCCCCAGCCUGAGACCCCGACCCACCAGACCCCCAUCGACCCCAGCAGCAGUAUCCCAGAUCCCCAGCAGGGGCCUAGCGGUAAGGAAAGCCUGGGGUUAGAGUACCAUCUCCUGGCCAGGAGGGAGAGGUCUGCUGGGGAGCUGAGGGUGGAAGCCCUGGUCAGACAGCUGGUGUCCCGGGGGGAUAAGACCCUGAGCCCGAUGCUGGACACCUGGCCCGGGGGCGGACGGACCAGCACUAUGGACCUGAUGGAAGAGAUCUUCCCCGCUGGGGGAGGGAGGUUGCCGUGGCAACGCCGUAGGAGCAGCACCUGGCUGGAGGACAGAAAACAGAGGAGGGAAGAGGAACACAAACUGGAUGAGGAGGAAGCAGACCUCAAUCUAGAAAAGGUGGAGCUAGUCCCUCUGACCCUUAGCGUUGCCUCACUCCGAGAGGAGAGAACUGGUAGGGAGCAGAGGAGGUUCCGGGCCCUAGGGGGCCACAUGGAGAGCCUGGUCCAGGAGCGCUGUAAGCCCAACGAGAAGGAGAAGUACAGGAUGUUCAUCGGGGACCUGGAUAAGAUAGUCAACUUGUUGAUGUCUCUGUGGUGGCCGGCGGCCCGGGUCCAUAACGCUCUCUAUGCCCUGGACAGAGAGAGGCAGAGACAGAGACAGCGCAGGAGAGGGGAGUCCUUACAGCAGAAGCGCCACCAGCUGUGUAGCCAGCACGAGGAUGCCAGGGAGCUGAAGGAGAAUCUGGAUCGUCGGGAGCGUGUGGUCCUGGACAUCCUGGGUGGGUACCUGACCGGGCCGCAGCUAAGAGACUACCAGCAUUACGUCUGUAUGAAGCCUGCCCUCCUGAUCCGACAGAGACACCUGGACGAGCUCAUCAAGCAGGGAGACGAGCAGCUCGACAGGCUGAUAGAGAGUAUCUCUCCUGGGGACCACCAGGCCCAACUCUGCUGCUCCUCCAACCCAGGGUUAGGCCUCAGGGAUCCCAGCCCUAACCUUGGUCCUACCCAUACUGUCCGCUCCACCACUGUAACAUCACUGUGACCCCUGUAAACGCCAACAAUAACAGUCCCGGUCACUACCAGGGAACACGAUACAGCAGCUGUGUCUCUGGCGCAAUGGGUGAAGACUACAUACAACACUAUAUGACUGGUGAAGACUACAUACAACACUAUAUGACUGGUGAAUGAGACUACAUACAACACUAUAUGACUGGUGAAUGAGACUACAUACAAUACUAUAUGACUGGUGAAUGAGACUACAUACAACACUAUAUGACGGGUGAAUGAGACGACAUACAACACUAUAUGACUGGUGAAUGAGACGACAUACAACCCUAUAUGACUGGUGAAUGAGACUACAUACAACACUAUAUGACUGGUGAAUGAGACUACAUACAACACUAUAUGACGGGUGAAUGAGAYGACAUACAACCCUAUAUGACUGGUGAAUGAGACGACAUACAACCCUAUAUGACUGGUGAACGACACUACAUACAACAGAUGAAGAAGAGACAGAAUCCCUCUCCCCAUAUAGAGAUGAACCGUAGAGAAAGGGACUUCAUGUGAAGGAUGUCACCUGUCUGUCCCCUUGUUGCGUACAGACAGACAGACUAUGAGAAGUGACCAUGAUGGAUAUGUUCUUGUGCCUCUUAUCAUAUUUCUGCCUUCUCUGUUCCUCCAGCUUCUUCACAUAUCUCUGUUGCGACUGCGCCACUCUUUGGUCGAUUCAAUACACGGUUGAAGUGCCUAGUGUAAUUCAUACGAACAGAUUGACAGUUUUGAGUGUAACGGUAGUGGAUGUACAACUGCCUGUCAAGACAUUUUAUUCACCGUAUAUAUAUAUAUAUGUAUGUAUAUAUAUGUAUCAGUUGAAAUAUUACUACUGCCUUUACACAUCACUACAGCUGAGAACUUUGUUUUGGCAGAUUAACUACUGAUUGGUCAGAAUCACAGAACUAGAAUGACUUGUAUUUCUCAUUCUGUUCCUAUUGGUCAGGAGGAACCAGACCUGAAAUAGGCCUGUUUUCUUCAGCAACACAAUAGCACGCUCUGACACACAUGAAUAUGUAGCCACAAUCUAAGGCAAUUUUUUUUUUUUUUUUUACUUCAAAUACUUAUAUUUCAGACUCAGAAAUGAUAGCUAAUGAGAAAAAAAAAGCUACCAUGACAUUGACAGCAAAUGCAAUAAUUAUUUAUAUUAUUAAAAAUAAAUGGUAUGUAUUAUGUAAGUGGCUGUGCUUUUUAAUAUGUAGAUGGUGGGAAAAAAAACAUUUUAUAUAUUUUUUCAACUGAAAGAAUUAUGAUGGAAUGAGGCAAGUUUACAGUGGGUGUUCUAACUGACCUCUGGUCACAUGGUCUUCCUCUGAUACACGGCGACGUGCUUCAUGAUGACGAGGCUUCUAGGAAGUAGAUAGAUGUUACUUAGGAAUGUUGUUGCCCAGUGAGUACAUGCAUACUGUGGGUGGAGCUAUCUCACGGGCCGUGGUAUCACUUCGUAGGAUAUCUGGGUAAAAAAAUAGAGAAGGAUGGUACUGUCAGUUCACGUGUGACAUGCCUACUAUUUAAACAUCGUCUGACGACUCCUGUGUGACUUGCUUGUUUCACCUCCCCCCCAAAAAUGUACUAUGCCAAUUGAUAUUGUUGUAUCCUUUUGAGAAACACCUUUUAAACAUUUACAGAUUAUCCUAAUUUAUCCUAAUCAGGCACAUAUUCAUGAAUAUACUGUAUCAGGCACAUAUUCGUAAAUAUUUUCAACAAUAAUGGUGCCAUCCAUAUUUAUCUCCAUAGUGUUUUCUGUGACAUCACUUAACAGAUUUGACAGUUGCUGUAAUCAAAUUCCAUGUAUUAAUCUUUCUUUAUGACACGUAGGAGGGGGAGGCCGAUUAGAAAACAGAUCCUCGUUUACAAAAUAAAUAUAUUUUUAAAGAG